GCCUAAACUGCAGAUCAUCGAGGAUUGGCAGCUCGAGGACCUCGUCUGCGGACCUCGAUGCGGCGGGCUUCGACCAGGACGACUAUGCGGGCGCCAGCACAAAGGCGGCACGUACGAGGUCUUCCGCUGCUGACGACGAGGGCGACGCCUGCCAGGUCGAGGAGGGGCCCCAUGCCGACUCGGAAGAGGAUCCCGCGACCGAGACCGACGAGGUGCCGCUGUCGCCCUCGGCCGCGCAGGCGGCGGGAGAGCACGGCCGCGCGGUGCCGCCGCGACACCGCCGGCCGAGGGGGCUGCAGGACCACGCCGCCCGCGGGGGCGUCGGCGCCGCCGCGCUGGGGCCAGUGGGCGGCGGCGGCGGCGAGCCAGGGGCCUGCGAGGGCGAGGGCGCCGACGGCGGCCCGAGCGCCGUGAGCACCUAUGCGGGGCUGAGCGAGCUCGAGCUGGCCGAGCGCAGCACUUUCGGGAGCGCGCCCCCCCGGCGCAGCGCGACGCCCGCGUUCCGGGACGCGGCGACGUCGCCCGUCGGCGGCGGCGGCCUCGCGGAGGGCGGCGCGCAGGCGUUCGGAGGCCUGGCGCGCGGCUUCUUUGGCGACGGCGCCGACGCCGGGCUGGGGGGCGCCCCCGCUGGGGACCCAUCUUCCAGUGGCGCGCAGGCCGAUCGGGCGCCGCCGAUGCCGGAGGGCAAGGGUUCUGGCGAGGCGCAGUGGCCCGGCGCGGCGAGCGAUGCGGACCCGGGCGCCGCCCCCGACGACGGCCGCGACUCGCUCGGCGUCGCCGCGGGGGCGCGCCGUGAGCUCCGCGAGAGGCAGGCGGCGCUGCGGACCACCCGCAUCAACGGGGACGACCUGCCCGAGGCAGGGCCCGGCUCGCGGACCGAGCCUGUCUCGAGGGCCCUGCGGAACCUCAGGAGGAAAGAGACCGGCAGAGACUUCCUGACAGACCACGUUCAGGGGCUGUCCGGUCCGACCUUGCCAGUGCCGGCGAAGAAAGUGCUGAAGACCGGAGCCGAGGGGCCGCCGCAGCCCCUGGACGAGGAGGAGGAGGACGACGCCGCCGACCAAGGGCGCCUUUCGUUCCAGCGGACGGUGGCUGUCACUGCGAAGAAGAAGGAGGGCGUGGACUCGCUGCAGCGGCUGUCCCAGGGCGCGAAGCGCGCCAGGGCCCUCUUCCCCUCGGAGCUGGCCCACGCGAGCGCCUCCGAGCGGCCGCAGGAGGCCAGCGAGCUGGACGAGGCCGCGCUCGCGCCUGGCUGGAGCGGGCUGGUGCCAGCCUUCUCUUCCAGGGCGGCCGCGGCCGAGCGCCAGAGCACUCCGGGGAUGGACCGCCAGAUGUCGGAGCGGUCGGCGGACUCCAACUGGAAGGAGAGGACGCCCUGCGCGUCGCCGCGCCGGGGUCCGCCAGAGCGGCCUCCUCGUUCUCAAGGCAGACGCCGCAGGUCUUCAAGACCCUGUCGGCGAGGGGCCCGGCCCAGAAGAGCCCGUCCAAGGAGGUCCCGUCCAAGGAGGUGGUCUUCAGCGCCGAGGCGGGCGAGCGCAGGACGGAGCCCGUGCUGCGGGGUGCGAGGUCGCUGCAGCUGCCGCAGGAGCGCAGGAGGCCCGCCGCGGGCAGGGCCUCGGAGGACCCCAGGGGGAGGCCGAACUCCAAAGUGGUCGCGGGCUCGUGCUGCUGCCGACGGCGGCGGCGACUCGGCGGGCAGCGACUGCGACUCGCUGCCGGACACGGGCUGCAUGGUGGACGUUCUGAUGGAUAAGCCUCACGCCAAGGUGCCCCGCGGCAUCCCGCCAGGAGUGGCCAGCACCCGCCUGAGGCGCCUGCGCGGGGUGCCCGCCGCGGGCGACGCCGAGGGCGGCCUGCUCCCGCCGGUGGGGUCGUCGCCGAGGCGGCCGCCGGGCCAGGCCGCCGCGGCGAACAAGGCCGCGGCGCUCGCGGCCGCGCUGCGGCCCACCGGCGGGGCGCCGCCACAUCGCCGAGGAGGAGGCCCAGAGGGCGCCGCGCACCGCCGUGAGCGGCAGCAGAGAGCCCAGGACAGGCUCCUGCUCCGCCUGCGGGCGGCGGCCGAGCGCCUGGCCGCCCAUCACUCUGCCCAGCCAGCGAUGGCACGAGAGGGGAAGGGCAGAGGCAGCGGUGGCCGAGGCGGCAAGGGCCACGCCCAGGAAGGCGGCCAGGCCAGUUCCAGCAAAGCGGACCAGAGGGCUCAAAAAGUCAUUGACUCCGUGGCGGCCUGCACGCUGGACGAGGCAACUUCCCACCCAAAGUGGCAGGCGCCCCCAGCUGACCGCGCAGGUAUCCAGAAGUUCCUGAGCAGUGCGGACCAGAGGCCGAGGAAACUCGGCGACCUGGUCGUCGCCAAGCAGGCCGCGGGCGACAGCACGAAGGAGCAGCUGAUGGAAAUCUCGGUCAUCAAAUACCAGAAGCUGGUCACGAGGAGGCCGAACGACCAGCUGCAGGUGCUCAGCAAGAGGCGCAAGGCCGUCAAACUUGAAGUCAUCGCCCUCGAGGCCAAGACGAACGAGCUGCGGGACGACCUCAAGGCCAAGCAGCAGGAGUUGAGGCAGCUCGAGUCCAACAUCGCCGACGUGCGGGCCGUGCUCGCAGACGGCGGCGCGGCGGACGACGAGGGCGACUGGGACACGGACGGGUUCGGCUUGGCACCGAGCUGGGAUGCCUUCCACAAGGCCGUGAUCGACAGGCGCCUGCACAGCGAAGCACCUGGUGACGGAUUCCCAGCUUGGCCAGCGGGAGUGGUGGGGCGAUCGCCACGCUCAAGAGCCAGCUCGGCAGGCAGCGCAACCAGAGGCUUCGCCGAUCAGGUGGCCAAGGCGAAUGCGGAGCGGGCCCACCAGCAGCAGCGCCAUGCCGAAGCCGAGCAAGAAUUUGCUGCCGAGCUGGCGGAAGUCAGGAGGGUCGCCCGAGAACAAGCACUCCGCCACAACGGCGAGCAGGCGAAACUCAGGCUGGCACUCAAGGAGGAGUCAGAGCAGCUGCAGCGCAUCACCGCAGCGGAGAGCGCAGCCCAGCAGCAGCAGCAGCAACACAAGGCCCUCCGCCAUGAGAUCAAGAAGCAACACGCCGAGCAGCUCGAGUUCGCGACGCAGAUGGAGGCCAGGAUAAUCAGCCAUGACACAGCCUUCAGUCAAGCCAAGGCAGAGGCCGAAGCUGCGACCCAGCGGGCAAAUCACCUGCAUGAGCAGCUUGAGCAAGUUCGAGCGGAGCACCGAGAGCAACCGCAACCCCAGGACAGGGUCUACCAAGACCUGCUGCGGGCAAGAGCCGAGGCGCAAGAGGCAUUGCGACGGGCCCAGCACGAGAGCGCCCAAGCGACAGCUACAGCGGGCACUCUCAAGCAGCAGCUCACCAGGCAGGAGCUGGUCAUGGAAGAGAAGUUCCAGGAGGCCAAAAAGAACCACGCCCUCGAGCUUGAAGCUGCCGCCGAGUCAGCCAGGGUCCAGGCAAUCGCCCAGGCCCAAGUGGUUGCCAAUGCCAAGGGAAAAGGGGCCCUCCCGCCGGCAGAAGCGGCCAGGCAGCUGAAGCCCGCGUACACUCUCCAGCAGUACUCCAAGCUCGAGGCGGGCGCUGCGCAGCGUGCAGUACACGUGGCAUACCAUGAAGCAGCGGAGCUGAGAAGCGCCAACGAGGAGCGGCAAAUCCCGCACGAGGUGCAGGCAUUGCAGUUCGCCCUGCUAAGGACUAGAGCAGAGGAGGAGGAGAUUGCGAAGGCCAGCCUGAAGGACAAGGAGGCAAUGCGGGCAGAGCUCGAAGGCAGUGCUGAGCGAAUAAGGUCGAGUCUCACCCGCCAAGUCAUGAUAGAAGAGGCGAACGCACAUGACUUGCAGCUGCACACAGAGAGCCUGCGACAGGAACUGAGCAGCUACGCAGUGCAGCUGAGCGAGCAAAGGUCCAACGCAGAGGUGCAGGAGCAGGCGCUGGAGGAGGAGCUCGCCCAAGCCCUCACCUUCAGGAUCGCCAGCGUGGAGGGGGCCUCCGCCAUGGAAGACUUUGCCAGCCAGCAGAGGACGGGCAGGGAGGAGGCCAUUCACCUCGCGCUGCAAGAAAGCCUCCAGCGCUCCAGCACGCUACACACCGAGCUAGACGCCAUCGCAAAGAAGGAGCAGCAGGGCGCGUCGGAGACAGAGGAGCUAAAGCUGAGAAUGCAGAGCCUGGAAGCCAUUGCAGCCAGCAGGGAACGUGAACGCAAGGCCAUGGUCAACCUGUACGCCGAGAUGAGGCAAUACGGGCAGGAGGGCUACGACUUCACCAAGAGGGCAGCUCAUCACCUCGUCCAAGGGGGCCACCUCCCAACGUCCCAAGAGUCCAUGGGCGACUACCAGGAGGCCGCUGACCUGUACGAGAAAGCCAGAGGAGCAGCCGAGGCAGCGACCGCCACAGCGGAGUCCCCCGCUGCGACCAAUCUCCAAACUGGUGCAGCCGAGGAGCGCCCAGCCAGCAGGGGCCGCAGGCAGAGCAGCUCCUCGCCUCGGAGGCCAGCAUCAACCAGGUCAGCCAGGCCAGCAGCCCGCCAGACCGACGAAGGCGAUGUCCCCCUCAUAGAGCGUGACAGGUCCAGGAACCCCGACAGGCCAGACCCGCACGAGGAGGCAGAAAGAUACGAGCGCGAACAAGAUGAGUUGCGCAGACAAGAUGCUGAGGAGAAAGCACAAUGGGAAGCCGUACAGAUGGAGGAGGAGCUGGAGUCCGUAGUGAGGGACCACGAGGCGAAGGAGAUCCAAAGGCGCUACUACGAGGAGGCCCCCUUGACCCAGUUCGGCACAGCGGGCACGCAGGACUCCCGAGCGGAGGACGACGGCUCGGAGCAUGCGCCGAUGACCUACCCCGCCAGCUGGCCGCCCUGGAGCCAGGAUCACCCCACACCCGAGGAGGGUGAGGAAAUGAGGGGGAUCACGCAGCACGAGGCAGACACAGACCUGGCAUCCACGUCAAGGGCUAGCUCGGUACCAGCAGAGCAAGGCGACCCUCCUACCCCGACAGCAUCUCAGGUAAUCUUCAUCCCAGCAUCGCCAGCGCCACUCAGCGAGAGGUCACCCACGCCCACAGUUCCAUUCGGGCAUGACGAGCAGCGCGGCCAUGGAGGUGGAGAGGGAGCCGACAGCUUCGUAUUGACCCCUCCCCCUGCGUCCCAGCAGAACGCGGAGGCGGCAGCGGCCAGCAUCGAGAGGCAGUGCGAGGGCAUCGACAUCAUGACGCGCCAGCACACCUCAGCCGCCGCCGCAGCUGCAGCCCUCGAAGAGGCGUUUGGACCCGCGCCCGCAUUUCCAGGAGAAGACAUCAGCCAGGCCCACAAGGGUCAGCGGGUAGACUCUGGAGAGUACUCCCAGGAGUCCAGGGUCCCGAGGGGCCACAACUCCAAGCAGAUGUGCUACCGCAACUGGCAUUGGCAGUGGGAGGGCCACUCCCAAUCGCAGCAGCCAGCAUCAACAGCGGUAUCAGUCACCUGGGUCUCGAGGGGCCAACGUGACACCACCACGGCCGACACGAGGGCCGCCCGCCGCGUCUCGAGGGGCGCUAGUGUGUCCCCCCCCGCCAUCCGAGUCCACGAGAUCGAGAACGUGGAAGGGGCCUUUCUCGACGGUCAAAACUCGGCUGGCAGCGAGGCAGAGGAUGGCAUGGAGCAGUGCUACGAGGGCAUGGGACUGGCGCCAGGCAACGACAUCGAGUACUCCCCUGAGUACGUCAAUGCAGAGAGGGCCAGGCGUGGCCGCGUCAACGUCUGCGACGACGUCGACACUACGACCCUGCACAACAUGGCAAGGAUGGCGCUGGAGAUGUGCCCAUCGCGCGAGCUGCCGACCAGGCGGACACACAUCUACACGGACGGCAGCUACAACGGCAUCCCACAUACAGCCGCCUGGGCAGUAGUGAUUGUCGACGAGUACGACGACGGGCGCAACUCACGAGGCCCGUUCGGUUUUCGGGGUUUCAUUGCUGGCAAGGUCACCGAGACCCUAGACGACAUGGCAAACAACGAGAAGGUGACGGCAUACACAGCUGAGCUCACGGCAGUACUUUGGGCACUAAUGUGGGCCCUUGGUCAAGACACCGACGCGCCCAUCGAGAUCACGCCCGAUGCCCUCAACGUUAUCAACCUGGCCAAAGGCGAAGCCCAAUGCCGCGUACAUCCGAGGUCGGGGGCCGCCAUUCGCACGCUUGCAGGCCUCCUCCAACGAGCCCGACCUACCCAGUGGCACCAUAUUAACUCGCACAUCGGGCACCCUUGGAACGAGCUCGCAGAUGGGAUAGCAGAUCAAGCUUCGGCCAGCGACCUGAUGGACCCGAACAUUGCAGCAGUGCAGGCGAUCGCUCACAACAAGUUCCUUUCCUGGGAAUGGCUGCGAUCAGAGCCAGAUGCGGUCAAGGCCGCAUACCCGCCCUUGCGGAACAAAGACUUCAUCAUCGAGGCCACCCAGCCGCAGGCAGCCCCAGGAGCGAUCCAGAGGCCCAUCAGCACCACCACCAUCAAGGCCGACCUCAACGUGAAUUUGUACACCUACAACUGCAGAUCACUCAAGGCCGCCGUUAGCUUCAAGUCGGGCAAAGGCAAGGCGGCCGGCAAAAGCAAGCAGAGCCUCUCCAAGGUCACGCACCUAGCAGCACAGUUUGCUGACAUGGGCCUGCACGUCGUCGCCCUGCAGGAGACGCAGAGCGAAGGAGACGUCCGCAAUGUAGGUGAAUAUGUUUGCUACUCAUCAGGCCACACGCAGCAGAACAGAGGAUGCGACAUCUGGCUCAACGUCUCCCAACCAAUCAGCGCGAGUGGGACAGCGAAGUACCUAAGUGCCAAAGACACCCUCGUCCUCCACCAGCACGACAGGCUCUUGAUCAUCAAGACCCGCGUUGCAGGCAUAGACAUGGUUAUCGCAUCAGCAUACGCACCCCACGAAGACUCCCACGCGGCGGAGAAGAGAGACUUCUGGGAGUCUGCUCAGCGAUUGUCUGCCAAGUACCGAGUGGACAUCUUCAUGGGGGACCUGAACGGGCGUCUUGGCGACUGCGAGUCCCCAGGAGUUGGCACCAGUGGGUACCCAGAAGCGACCAACGGCAAUGGCAAGCACAUCAUCAGCUUCGCUGCCGACGCCAACAUGGAGGUCAUCAACACCACGAGGGAUCCAGGCAACAACUCAUAUACGCAUGUCGGAUCGAAGGGGCAGCACCACAGGAUAGACUACAUCCUGCUGAGCUCCUCGAUCGCCCCGUACGUCGCGAGUUGCAGCACGGAGCCAGGUCUGGGCCGAGGCACAGCUGCACAAGACCACAUACCAGUACUAGCCACCCUCAAGUGGGCCGUCUGCAAGACCACCAAGGCCUCAGGACCGAGGCCCGACCUGACCAACUUGAACAAUGACGUCGCCAAGGCCAGCUUCAAGGAGAUUCUCAAGCAGGCCUCGAUCAUCCCCUGGGAGGUGGACGUCAACACCCACUGCGAGGAGGUCACCAGGGUCGUCAACGACGCGGCCAUCCAGGCCUUCGGCAAGGCCGUCAAGGCAACGAGGAAGCCCUACGUCACCAAGACUACCAUGGGCCUGAUCCGAGCCAGGCGCCUCGCACUCCGAGUCCAUCGCGCAGUGCUCAGAGGAGAAGCCCAUGACGACCGACCUGGACGACUAGUAGCCCACGCCCAUUCUCUUCGUGCAGGCGAAGUAGGGGACUCACUCUCCCUGUGGAGCAGAGAGCGUGGCGAUGACGGUGGCACCAUCCACGACAUCCACCACUACGCGCACCUCCUCCUGAACUGGACAAUCUCGCCCAUGGUCUACGCCAUGGCCAUCCUUUCCUUCCUCACCAGGUCUGGGCCCAUCGUUGCCGCGGCCGUCGAGAAGGACCGCAGCGCAUUCCUCAGUCGGCUUGCCUCGACUGCGUCCUCCGCCUCCGCUGCGAACGACGCUGCGGCCCAGUGGAAGGCUUACCGCGACCUACUAAGGUAUGGAGGGAGGAAGGCGAAGUUCCCAGCAGGAAAGCCGAUGCGGCUCGACAAGGAUGGAGAGGUGAUCCACAACUCCCAGGACAUGGCGGACCAGGAGUUUAACCAUUUCGCGAAGAUACAGGCGGGCAAGAUCGUGACAGCGGAUGAUCUUGCCAACAAGUACAAUCACGACAGCAAGAUCAGGCCCUUCGACGGCAUGCUGGAUCUCUCCACGGUGAUGCCCAUGGCCGUCUGCCAGGCCCAGUUCGCCGCGGCCAAGGCUGGGGCGCAAGGAGGCCCCGACGGGCUCACGAACGCUGUCCUCAGGGCGGCCCCCACAGAGGCAGCGAGGCUACUGCACCCCCUCUUCACCAAGGUGGCGACCACCGUGAGAGAGCCGCUGAGCUUCAAGGGUGGAGACCUGGUCGCAAUUCCCAAAGGAAAAGGCGACCCAAGGUACCUCCAAGCCUACCGCGAGAUCCUCUUAAACAACGUCCUGGGCAAGCACCACCACAAAUACCUAAGGACCAUGCUCAACACUACCCUCGCCAUAGCGCUGGAGGACAUCCAGGUUGGCGGCCGGCCCAAGCGAGGGGCGGACAUGGCGGUCCUAGCAGCACGCCUCUUCACAGAGAGAAGUCAGGCCCAAGGGAAGUGCUCCAUGAUAAGCUGCUACGACUUAAAGGAGGCCUUCUACUCGGUUGUAGUCCAGCUGGUUCAUGGCAUCCCAGGCGAGGAGGACGAAGUCAAGGAGGUGCUAGAGAACCUCGAGGUUCCCCUGUGGGCCCAGCCGCAACUGGAGCACCUCAUGGCCAACCCAGGGAUACUCGACACAGUGUUGGACGGCUCCCACUUGGCUGCCCUCAUUGCAGAAGGUUACCGCAACAGGUGGACAUCACACAGGUUCUCCCAGAACCUCAUGGCGCCGCACAAGGGCACGAGGCCUGGCGUGCCCCUGGCCGACGCGGACUUCAAUCUGCUAUUCGGCCGAGUCCACCGCAUGAUUGACAGCUACCUUGCGCAGCGAGGGCUACGCGCCCGCGCGUCGGCCGCGUGCGCGGCUAGGAGGCAACAGCAGUAUAAACAUCAGCCGUCGGAGCUCUGCGCGGGUCACUCGAGGCGCGCGGAGCGUGCCAGGGGCGGCGCCGUGGGCGCCGCCAGCGGGGGCACUGCAGCGGAACGCGCGAGCUCCGCCGGGUUCCAGGUGGACAGGCUCGCCGCGGCGACGCGCGGGCGGGCCUGGAACCACGGCCUGGGCCCGCGGUCGCAGGGGAUGCUGCGCCCAGCUCACGCCAACGGUGCGAGGACUAAGUGGAAGAAGCUUGCGUGGGCCCCCCCCAAGACUCGCACCUAUAAGGACCCCAACACCAAGGCUUGGGCCACGGCGUUGCGCUGGGCAAAGCACCUCGGCAAAUGUAGGCAGUUUCUCACCAAGGAGGUUGCAGGCCUCCAGGAGUGUGCAGCCAUGUGCGAGCUUACUCCCAACCAGCACGUUAAGCUUCUGCGUGCGCUGGCCGAUGCUUCCAAUUUCAUGAUAAAAGUUGGUAUGCUGUUCGUGCUGACUUUUCGGGCGCUCAAGCGCCUCAACCAGAUUGCCCCGUGUGUGACGCCGCGUGCGCUAGUAGAUGACGUGUCGCUGCAGCUGGUCGCCACGACGCCUGACACCUUGCCGCAGCUAGAGAAGGCAGUACGGAUUUUCAAGUACGACGCCCAGGUAUUAGGGCUGAACACCCAGCCCAAGAAGUCUGGUAUCGUGGCGGCCUCGGGAAGGUCCAAGAGGUUGUUUCGGCACGGAGCGGCGCAGCUCAAACUGCAGUUUCGGCCAUGGAUGCGCAACCUCGGGCAUGAGUUAGCUGGUGGCAAAGUGUUGAGGCUCCAGGAGAAGGCACGCCUCAAGUCUCUGAAGCAGCGCCGCCGCAAGUACAUGGCGCUGCGCAGCGCCGUUGGGCGCAAGGCUUCGCUCUUGUUCAGAACGGGAGCGCUACCAGCUGCUGGGCAUGGUGGCGGUGUCUCUGGAGUUUCUGACGUUUCUCUUCGAUAUUUCAGACAGUUGGCCUCGACCCUCGCCGGGGGUAAAAAGCAUGGUGGAGUCACAGCGUAUCUCCUCGCUCACCGCGACCCCUACUACGAUCCCAUAUUCGACUGCACGCUCAGCAUAUGCCUCCGCUACGCGGCCUGGAUCUGGGACAGCAGAGUUUGUCUUGGGAGGGCCCAGCGGGCCUGGGCCCAACUACGUCUUUACUUCGACGACAACCCGACGUGGCAGAUAGCGAAGGGGCCCAUGUCGGCCUGCUGGCUUUCCCUUCAUCGUAUCGGCUGGGCCAUGACCAGCGCCCACACGUUCCUCUCGGACACUAAUAUCACGAUAAACUUAGUCACGACUUGCCCGUACGACGUCAAGCUAUACAUGAUAGAAGGUAUUCAGAGGUUGCUCGGGCUGGCUGGGCAGCUGUCCAAUUAA